UCGACUGCAUACCUAAAACUCGUGGCCGACGUAUAGUGUUCCUUUUGUGGCAUCAAUUUUGAGAUAACAGAGGAAAAACUCAACGAAUAUGCAGACAAUGGAUAUAUCAUUGUUAGAAAGCUCUUUGACGAAGAGGAAGUUCGUAAAUUAAAGAAGUGUUUUGAGGAUACUGAGGAAGUUGUACAGAACAAAAUAAAAUUUAUAAUUUUGAAAUAGAUGGAUGACAGUUUGGGAAGAGAGGUAGAUUUGACACUGUGGAGUCACCCAGGAAAUGACGUAACAGGAAUGGCAGCUAGGUCCGAGAAAAUUGUCAAUGCUGCGGAAAAGCUGCUUGGAGGAAAAGAGGUGUAUCAUUACCAUGGAAAAUUGAGUCAGAAGAAUGCUAAGUCUGGUGGAACUUUUCUUUGGCACCAAGACUAUGGAUAUUGGUACAAAAAUGGCUGCCUCUUUCCAGAAAUGCUUACGUUUUUUAUUGCCUUAGACAAAUGUGAUAAAGGCAACGGGUGCUUAAAGGUUUUGAAAGGCUCCCACAAAUGUGGUCGCAUCGAGCAUAGCAUUGUGGCUGGACAAACAGCAGCCGACAUAGACAGAGUGAGAGAGCUUAAAAAGAAACUCGAGUUGAUAUAUGUGGAGCUGGAGCCAGGGGAUGUCCUCAUCAAUAGCUGCAAUCUGCUUCACUGUAGCGGACCAAACGACUCCGACAGACGGCGCUGGGCGUACCUCAUGUGUUACAACACACGUCACAAUAACCCGGUCAAAGUUCAUCACCACCCGUGUUAUACCCCGCUAAAUAAGGUUUCCAAUACCGCCAUCAAAGAGUGUGAGAACUACACCGACUUCGGGGGAAAGAAAUUCAUGAAUCCAAAAGAAAUGCCAAGUUAUUAGGAAUUAUAUUGAAGACAAUGCACAGAAGACUCAAUUUUAACGCUCUUAUAACACCUUGUUUGUACCAGGAUUCUGACCCAGAAAACGUUAAGGGACAUGGAUAUAUAUCUCUAAAUUUACUUUAAUUUGCAAAAUAGGAAACAAAUCAAGUGAAAUCUGGCGGGUUUGUUAAAAGAACACUUUCUAUAUCAAAAUGUAAAUAUACUAUUUCCCGAAAUGUUCAUUCUUAUGGACGGCAUACGACCAAAAUUAAACAAUUCACAAUUUC